AUGCCUGAAACUAUUCCAACAGCUCCACCAGCUUAUGAAGACAUUGACAGCACCCUUCCAUCAGCUCCUCCCUACUCAUCUCAAUCAAUUUCAACCGGUCCUCCACCCGAUUUCUCGACAAAUGACGAUGAAAAUGUUUUGAAUUCGACUUCAACUGCUCCUCAUCUUCCAUCAUUUCCAAUAAUUCAUUCAUUCCGUGCUGAAAAUGAUAGUGAAACUCGACCACCGCCGUAUCAAUCCGUUGAGCUCUCCGUGACUCAAUUGGAUGAAACGGCAGAAGCUCGCCGAUUGGAACUCGAGAGAGAAACUGACGGAGUGAGAAGGCAAAGGGAACGGAGCUGUUUAGUGGUGAUUUCUGUAAACACUGUCAUUCGUGGCGUUGAUUCAGUGAUCGCCGUCUUGUCCAAAGGAUAUCAUGGCUUUGCACCUUUCUUCUACAUCGAAUUCGCCCUCUAUUCAAGCAUUUCAAUCCUACAUCCAUUGUGCUCGAUUUUCAUCUUUUUAAUCACGAUCUGGAAUCGGAAAACGAAAAGAGAAAACAUUUUCUAUCCAUUGCUCAUCAUUUGCUCAUUGCUUUGGGGUGGAUUUACGGUUAUUUAUGCACUGAAUGAUGCAGAUUCAUUCGACCCACCAAAUCUCACAAUCUCCUUGAUCUUUUUCGUUGCUCAUUUCGUCUACAUCGGUGUCUUGGUUCUUGUUGGUGUCUUGCUUCUUACGAGUAUAUUCAAGCUGUUCCUUCAAAACGAUUCGCAAAACAGGUCCUCAAUUCUCCUUACAGUACUCUUCGUUGCCUCAAGCAAUGCGAUUUGGAUUUACAGUGAUGUAACAUGUUUUGAACGUUUAUUGGAACACUUAAAAUAUGGGACUUUAUUGUUUUCCUAUCCUCAAAUGUCAUUUUAUUCGAAUACAACGAUGGAUUAUGAGAUUCAUUCAUCAAACAGCGCUCGACAAGCGCAAAUGAGCAGUCGAACGAUACUCCUAGUCCAUCAACUAUUCCCAGUGAUCUACUUUGCUAUUGCUAUCUGUGUCUUAUUGAAGCUGCACUACAAGCGGAGGAUACCAAAAGAAAAUAAGGUUUGCGAGUUG